AUGUUCUUGAGAGGAAGAAUCUGGCUUUGGUUAUACAUCAGAACAGGUAUCAUUCUGGGAAGUGAGCUAAAUAGCCCAGAGCAACAUGGUAAAAAUAAUUGUUAUCAGUGUAGGUUUGAGGAAGCAGAAAACCACUGCCGUGUCCAGGGAGGACGCCUUGCUUACACUUGGAACCUGGGGGUUCGAGAUCUUCUCUGGGACUUUCUGGAAAAAGGGAACCGAAAAAACAGCAGCCUGGACAGUGACCUUGACCUGCGCCAGCGUGCAGCUGGAGGGGUUCCCUUUGGUUCCAUUGGCUUCCACAUAGAUGCCUUUUCAGACCAAGAUGAAGGAAAUGGAAAUAGUUCUCAUUUAUCCUGGAGACUCGAGAAGAUGAGAGGAGAAGUUGCAAUCCCAAGAAACAAAAUGACCUCAGAUCUCCAGCUGAAAUACAGGAUCAGGAGCACCAGGGUGGCGCAGCGGCUGCUCACCCUGCCAGCGCGUGUCCACACCCGGCUCGUGCUGGUCUUCACAGCGGUCAGAGGAGCGAUGCUUGACCACCCACGUCAGCUCAGCUCGUGCGACUGCUCCUCAAUGGCCCUGCGGUGCUGGAAACACUGCCUUCAUCUUCAGGGGAGGACUCCCACCCUGAGGUCUUCACCUCUCACCUGCAAAUACCAUUUCCGGCGGCGAUGCCGAGGUAAAUACGGGAAACCGGCCGCCCUGGGUCCCUGUGCGGCGCUGCAGAAGCACUCCUGGUCCUCUGUGCUGGCGAUGUUGCGGGAGCUCAUGCGAGGAAGGGGCCUAAUUCACCCCUCACCUCCGAGCAGACUCGACCUAAGAGUGCCUGACGGAUGGGCGUGUCCCGAUCAGAAGCAAGCGCUAAACAAGUCCAUGGGGUCCCCCGAGGGGAAAAAUAUGCUGGAAAUGGCCAGGCUGGCCCUUGGGAAGAAGGAAACAUUUCUACAGCAGAACCAUUUUUCUGAGUCUUCAGUGACUUUGACCUCUAUCGUUGCUUCUCUGAUGCUGAGCAGCCAAAACGUGUCAACCUGGCCCCUGAGCUCCUGUACUCUUGGGACUCCAGCACCUGUGAGGUUAGGCUUCCCCUCAGCCUUGGCUCUGGAGGAGCUCUUCAACAGACACCCGGGUUUUGGGGUUGAGAUUGAUGGCGGCAGCUUCACGCCAUUCAGGGAUGUUGAUGACAGAGACAUUGCUGGUAGCACUGGAGGUGUACUGCUAAACUCUAAUCAUAAACUGUCCCAAGUCCCUGAUUUAGUGGAAGAUGUUGAGAUCGUGCCGCAGAGAAACGUUAGCCUGGGAACCUAUCCUACCAGCACCAACAUGAGUUCAGACCGUCUUAUUAUCUCCGUGAGCCUCACUUCCCUGGAGAAGUCCCUGACCGUGUGCACAGAGCCUGAAAGUCCGCCUUGAGUGACACUCUACCUGGGGUUCCAGUGUCAGCCUAGCCACGCCUGCAUCCACCUUCCGAAGAAUCAGGGGUGGCAAAAAGAUGAGGAAUAUACAUGGGUGUUGACUCCAGAGAGUCUGCGGAUGGGCACCUACUGUGUGACAGCCCGCCCUGCUCUCAGCGGUAACUGCCAUCGCCGCUGUCAUUUCUGGGACAGCCACAACAGCAUGUGGAAGACCACAGGGAGCCAAGUAGGAAGCCACACCUCUUCUCUUUCUCUUCUGCCUGAGCUGGCACCCCUGGUCUCCUCCAUGAUUGGAGAAGAGCUCACGCAGGUCAUCGGUUUUGGCUUGGCAUCCUGGCACCAGCCCCCCGGAGUCGAGAGGGUCUCUAGCUGCACGACCUUGCUUCUGUGCGACAUGCUCUGGAGGAAGCGUGGCGGCACUGCGGAGCGAGCGGGCACGGCGCGGUGGGCACGGCGCUCCCCUCGCUGCCCUGCGCCCGCCCUCCCUGCGGAGCCAGGAACGCGCCCCUGCCGCGCCUUGGCUUCCCCCGCUGCCCGGACACUCACAGCCCAGCGGGCUUCCGCGGGCCCGGUUCGCGCUGGGUCCAUGUGCUGUGACCCUGUCCGCACCGCUCAUCAGUUCCAAACUGCUGUCCUCCUCUGCCUGCGCAGUCUUGUGAUCCUGAUCCAGUCACAGGAACCCCUGCCUCUUCCUCCCUUCCAGGCUUCCUGCCUCUCAGAUGCCCCCUCUGAGCCUCUAACAGAGGUGACCGAGUCCAAGCUGAAUACAGAAACGAAAUGUUCACCAUUACUUGGUUCAACAGAUAAGACCAACCCCAUCGAUACAGCCCCAGCCGUCAGCAGCCCCGGUAAGCGCCCAGACAGAACCUUGAAGGAGAAGAAACUUCUCAAGCUGACGGGAGAUACUUUGGAACACAUCCUCUUCCUCGUCUUGUUGAUGACUGUGGUCUACUCAGCACGGAGCGUUUCCCCCCAUUUCUCAAAGAUCAGACUUCCCAGAUUCCUGGAAGAGCUCCUGCUGGGUCCCUGGGCAGGAGGGAUGGACCCUGGACUGUGGCUGAGAAGCACUGGAACUGCGUCUCCGAGCUCUUCAGGAUCCAUAGCCAGGACCAGCGUUUACAGACCUGGUUCUGGAGGGAUGGUGUCUCCCCAUGAACAAGUGAAGCCAUCUCAGCAAGAUCAGGAUACAGAGAGUAAUGAAGUAAAGUGGGGCUCCCAUGAUAUGAACAUCACAAAGUCAGACAACGUUUGGCAUUUUCAGGAUCAAGAGAUAGCGGGUGGCUACCCUGUCCACGGGGAGUUUGCCACUUACUCAGGAGGGCAGGCUGUGGAGACUGGAAGAAGCUCCAGUGCUGCAGUCAGUUUCUGGGAGGUAAAUGCAGUAGAAGGAGCGUGCUUCAGCUCGCUGAGGCUGGACACUUUUUCCCUUCAGGCAUCCAAGAAGGACUUUGCCUGGUUUGUCAUCUCACAAGUCCUCUAUCAUCUCCUACUCUGUUACUAUGCCUUCGUACAAGGUCGUCGGCUGAAAGAACUGAGGUGGCGGUUCUUCACUAGGAAAAGAAACAUCCUCAACACAAGCAUAAUUCUCAUUAGCUUUGUCAUCCUGGGUCUUGACAUGAAGCUUACUUCUCUGCAUAAGGAAAACAUGGCACAAUACCACUGUGACCAUAACAGGUAAGGAGACGGAGGAGGAAAGGCUAUUCCUAGUCCACCCGCCGUCCUUCAGCUCAGGGGCUUCCCAGUUCUACUGGCUCCUACUGUUCAGCUGUGGAACCUGCUGCAUCGGAACCCCAGGCUGCAGGUCAUCGGCACAACAUUCAGCAGCGCUUGGGACGAGGUAGUGGGUUUCUUGCUGGUCAUCCCGAUCCUGCUGACAAGCUAUGCUAUUGCUUUCAACCUGCUGUUUGGAUGGUGCACCUCGGACUACCAAACUUUUUUCUGCUCAGCAGCGACCGCUGGUGGUCUCCUGACGGGAAUCUCUCAUCACAAGGAGGUUGUUGCUUCAUAGCCAAUCCUGGGUUCUUUUCUGAUCUUCACUAGUGUCCUCUUGAUGGUACUUGUGAUCCUUAACCUUUUUCUUUCUGUCAUCCUCAUGGCCUUUGGUUAAAGAAAGUCAACUCUCAGAGAAGGUGCACUGAUAGAUACGGUGCUGCAGACAGUUUGCCAGGAAUCGAGCGGCGCCAUAACACAAGAGCAAAUGGCCAUGAUAGCAAUGGGCAUUAACACUGGAGUUUUAAAAGGCAUUCCAGCUCACUACCCAAGAGACUUGAGUACUUCUAUUAAGGCAACUGGAAGCCCACUUUAUCCUUGA